AUGCUCAGUUUCCGAAAAAGCAUGGACUCAAGAGUUCCGAACAGACCUUCAUAUUCAUUCUUCGACGCGCCAAUCCCAAAAGUCAACAAAGAGAUGUUCCCUAUUGAUCCAGCCAUUAUCGGACGCUCCAUACCUCGCCCAUCUCGUCCAAUUGGCCAGAUCUCUCAUAGGUAUGCUAAUAAACCUAUUAAAACGAUACAACCCGAACGACACGAACCCGUGUUUUGUUGUCAACCAUUUACUGUUUGA